AUGUCGAGACCGGGCUCAAGCCUCAACAUCGCGCAACAGCUAAGAAAGACGACGCAGCUGGGCUUGGAUGCCAAUUACAAUACUGACAGAUUCGACCUAGACGCUAGCCGAGGAGGUGACAAGAGACCCUCGGGAAACAAUUAUACGACGAAGGUAAAGAUUGGUCAAAAAUACAAUAUCAUCGGUUUCAUCAGUUCAGGAACCUAUGGUCGAGUAUACAAAGCCGUGGAGAAGAAUCCGAAACCGGAUCCUUCCACCCCUGCAGGAUCAACUCCGGCCAAAGAAUUAUAUGCUAUCAAAAAGUUCAAACCCGAGAAGGAGGGUGACAAUGUCCAGUACACCGGUCUGUCUCAAUCGGCCAUUCGGGAAAUGUCACUGUGCACAGAAUUGUCUCACCCCAACGUGAUUCACCUUGCAGAGAUCAUCCUGGAGGACAAAUGUGUCUUUAUGGUCUUCGAAUAUUGUGAGCACGACUUAUUACAGAUUAUUCAUCAUCACACUCAGCCGAACCGACGGCACAUUCCUGCCACCAUGAUCAAGUCCAUAUUGUUCCAGCUGCUUAACGGUUUGUAUUAUCUCCACCAAAACUGGGUGAUACACCGUGAUCUCAAGCCUGCAAAUAUUAUGGUCACUAGCUCCGGCCACGUGCGCAUUGGGGAUCUAGGACUGGCUCGGUUAUUCCACAAACCGCUGUCAUCGUUAUACUCUGGCGACAAAGUCGUGGUUACUAUAUGGUAUCGUAGCCCAGACCUGCUUCUGGGCGCCCGCCACUACACUCCGGCGAUCGAUAUGUGGGCUGUUGGCUGCAUAUUCGCUGAGCUGCUAAGCCUCAGGCCGAUCUUUAAGGGAGAAGAAACGAAGAUGGACAGCAAGAAGACUGUUCCUUUCCAAAGAAACCAGAUGGGGAAAAUUGUAGAAAUCUUGGGACUGCCCAGACGAGAGACUUGGAAAGGAUUGGCCGAUAUGCCGGAAUACCCACAGUUGCAGUCUCUCGUUGUCUCUCGAGGAGGAAUGCCGGGAGGUCUGUAUCCCACUCAAACCAGCGUCAUGAGGAACGCCGUCAACAAUGGCACUGGCCUGGAAAGCUGGUAUAAUAAUUGCAUACGGCACGCAAACUACCCGGCGGACAAGUCACCUGGUCAGCGUGGAUAUCAGCUUUUGUCCGACCUAUUUGAGUACGAUCCCGAGAAGAGACUGACCGCCGAGCGGGCUUUGCAUCAUGAAUACUUCAAGUGCACUGAGGAAGGACCUCACAAAGGUCAGAUCUGGGUAACCAACAAUUGCUUCGAGGGACUUGACGAAGUCUAUCCACACAGACGAGUGAGUACCGAGACGAACGACAUUGGCACGGGAAGUCUGCCUGGAACCAAGAGAGGCGGUUUGCCGGACGACUCUCUUCUGCCGGCUGCUAAGAGGAGAUAG